UUUUCUUCAUACCUUGAAUUUCCAGUUAGAAUUAUGGGCAUGGACGAUAAAUUGCAUCAGAAAAUCUUCGAAGAUAAUUUGAAUUUGAUCGAUACACCGUUAAUUGCGACCACCAACAGCAUCCACUAUUCGAGCAGUUUGGGUGCAGCGGCAGCCAAUGGCUUCAGUAGCCUGCAAGGUGUACUCUUGUAUCCGUUCAAUAUGAGUGAAUUCCAUCAACGGCAUAUGGCGGCAAUGACAACGGCGAAUAGCAGAGAUUUGGAUAUCAUCGAUACGGAUAUAUAUAAUGGGGCUAAUAGCAACAACAACAAUGGCAAAAGUGAUAUAUAUUAUCAAAGUGGUCAGGAUGUUGAAGUGGACCUCUCAACGGAAAUAAUCAAGCAACACUUUCAGAGUACCUGUCAUACAGCAUUGGAUACAUGCCGUGAAGAUCCGUCCUGUGCUUCAUCAUUGCAGCCAAUGCUGCAGCAUUGUGAGAUGCAUCGCUGUAAUCGCAAUGCAUGCAUGACUUCAUUGCAGGCCUUUUACAAAGGACCGCACGAGGACUUAAAUUUAGAUGUGGCCUUUUGUCUAUGCAAGAAAACAUCAAACCGCCAUGACAGUUGUAUGAUUGCUCAGGAAAAACUACAUCCGGUUUGUGCACAAAGACCACCCGACAACAAUAAUCAACAAAGUUAUACACCACCGCCAUCAUGUCACGCUGUGGCCGAAGCCUGCAAGGAGGAUCGUGAAUGUCGCCUCAAAUUGGAAUAUUUCGAACAGGCCUGUGCCGUUGAUAGUGUUACGAAAAAAUGUGCUGGUCGUCCUAGUGGCUGUCGCACAGCAAUGAUUGGUAUUUUAGGUACAACAUUGCGAACAACAUGUGCCUGUCAUGGUAAUGAUCCCCAGUAUUUGUAUCAAUGUGUGGGCUGGCGGCGACUACUAUGGAUGAAUCCUUGUGUGGUUGAAGCUCAAAAAGAUUUCCAUAUGAAACGUUUGGCCGAGCUGGGCUAUUUGACAACAACGUCGACUACAACCACUACAACAACUACGACGACGACAACAACAACAAGAGCACCACCGCCGCCACCACCUCCUCCGCCAACAACAACAACGACGACAACAACACAUCGUAUGCCACCGCCAGUGGUAAUACCACCAAAAUCUGGACGUAGGCCACCGUCAUAUCCAAAAGAAAUAUCGGAGCCAUCAUCAUCAAUAGAGCAUAAUAUUAUCGAACAGCCCGUGUAUAGCGGAAAUGAAGAAAACGGAAAUGGCGGAAAUGACGAUUAUCACAGUAGCAGCAGCAGUAGCAGUAGUGGUGCGGGAAACGGCCACAAUGGUAUCAAUGGCAAUGGUAAUGGCCACAACGGUGGCAAUGGUAAUAACAAAUCGGGUAUUACCAAUAAUAAUGGCGGCGGCGGUGGUAUUGGUAACGGUAUUGGCCGAGGGAGAUUGAUCAAAAAUGGUCGCAACGGCAAUGGUAAACAUGCCACACACAAGGCAGCUUCCACAGCUGAUGAUAAUGGCAACGGAAACGGAAAUGGUCAUGGCAAUGGCCACGUUAAUGGCAACGGUAACGGCAAUGGAGCUGGCGGCAACGGUGGCGUAAGCAACGGCAUAAAUACAGCCGGCGUUCUUAGCAAUAAUGGUGGUGGAGGGGCCAUCGUUUCGACCAUGGAUGGUGAUGGUGGUGCGGUAAUUGUUGAUUUCGAUGAUCAGACAAUCUACGCCGAACCAAUAGAAACAACUGAAUUUGCGGUUUAUGAAUCAACAACCAUGCCGACCACAACAUCAAUGACCACAACAACACAAGCACCAAGACACUGUGUGGUUCAGAGGCCUCGUCAAUCGGAUCAACUAAUACGAGAGGGUACUGGCAAAAGGAUUUACUCGUUGGACGAUGCUGAAUGCAGUGAAUUAUGCAGCUGUGGUGAAUCACUUACACUUACAUGUCAUGCCCUGUGUGUACCCUUCGCCCCUUGUCGCACCGCAUUGGCAUUUUAUAGUCAUGCAUCACCGGCAUAUCAAGCAUUUCGUGGUCGCUGCCUGUGCUAUUCGGGUAGUUUUAUCUGUAUGAAACCACCGUUGGGUGACUAUUCAUUACCAGGUGGUGUUUUCCUAAUGCUGGGCUAUAGUGCCACCGAUGAAGCCCUACUGCGACCCCACACCAAUUUGGGUGUCCAAGAUGCUGUCAGAGCUCUGCAGCAAUAUGUUAGCGCAUACAUUGAUAACCAGACUCAGUGCACUCUAACGUUAUUCAAUAUGACGGAAGAAAAUAUCAUAAUUGCUGCUCGAUUACCGCAUGAUGCUAAAUUGAAACCAAUGGAAUUGCUGAAAAAUGAAAAGGAUGAAUGUACCUCGGUGCUGCGUACAAUUAGCCAUCACAUUAACACGGAACAUCACGAGCUGCAAUCCCACCGACUAUUAAGCAUUUUUAAAAUGGCUGAAGUUGAAGUUGUUUGGCCAGAAAGUAGUGCUGCCACCAGUAGUCUAAGAUCAACAACCUCAACGUAUAGCUCAAGUUUGACCCUGCUGCUGUUGAUGAUGUCAUCGCUAAUGGCCAGUUUUAUGAUGACAAUUGUGUUGACAACACAACAGGACAAUAGUUUACGGCAAGUGAGUAGAAGACAUGCAACGGUUGUGGUGACAUGACAUUAAACAAAUUACAUCAUAAUUAGAUGGUAAUUAGGUCUAUAAAUAUACAAACACAC